UGACCCUUACUUCCUCUUUUUCUUUAAUUUCUCUCUUUAUCUCUCUCUUCUCUUUCUCCUGAUUCGUUCUUCUUCAUCGACCUUCGGUGUUGCAAAGAUCUAGAAAAACCCUAGAACGGGGAAGAUCACCAAGGUCGAGAGGAAGACCGAAAUAGGGUUAACUUAAAAGAAUUGAUGGGAAGAGGGAAGAUUGUGAUCAAAAGGAUCGAUGAUUCGACGAGUAGGCAAGUCACUUUCUCCAAAAGAAGAAAGGGUCUCAUCAAGAAAGCUAAAGAACUCGCCAUUCUCUGUGAUGCCGAGGUUGGUCUUAUCAUUUUCUCCAAUACGGACAAGCUCUAUGACUUUGCCAGCUCCAGUAUGAAAUCGGCCAUUGAACGAUUUAACAAGACCAAGAUGGAGCAGCAACAACUAUUGAACCCUGCAUCAGAAGUUAUGUUUUGGCAGAGAGAGGCCGCAACUCUAAGGCAAGAACUGCACUCGUUACAGGAAAAUCAUCGACAGCUAAUGGGGGAGCAAUUAAAUGGGUUGAGCGUUAAUGAAUUGCACAAUAUAGAGAGCAGACUUGAAAUGAGUUUACGUGGAAUUCGUACGAAAAAGCAACAAAUGUUGACCGAUGAAAUCAAAGAGCUAACCAAAAAGAGGAAUAUUAUUCAUCAUGAGAACCUCGAAUUGUCGAGAAAAGUACAAAGGAUUCAUCAAGAAAACGUCGAACUACACAAGAAAGUUUAUGCAGCGUCAAGCACAAAUUUAUUGGGACUUGGUGAGCUUGAAGAUGCAGCCGAUCAAUCACAUGCACAAGUUACGCUGCAGCUAAGUCAGCCUGAACAGUCCUGUUAUGAUUCCCCAUCAAAGAGCUAAGAUAAAAAUGAAAAGAUACUUGACAAAGUGCAAGUAUAAUCAGAGGACAAACCGAAGGUUUCAACUAUGUACGAUAUAUAUAUAUAUAUAUAUAUGAGCAAUGGAGCAGCGUGUCGGUUAUAUUCGUUUUAGCUUUCUCAUUUGGUUUUAAGUAUAUACUUAAGAGUUAACAAAUAUUAAGCAAAAGCAUACAGUUUAUAGUUAAGUAGGGUGCUCAAAUUGAAAUUCGGCUUGAUUGCAGUUUGUUUGUUUCUCGGUUUUCAGUGAAUAGUAAUUAAAAUAUGAGAAUGUUAUUCGGGUUCA